CCACAACAACAACAAAUUUCAAAAUCCCUAAAAAGUUUUUGAAACAAACAAAAAUGGCCGAGACCGACACCGAGACCAUCACCACCACCGCCACCGCAUCUCCGCCGCAGAUCUCAGAAUCCGAAACCUCAACCACAUUACCAACAAUGGAGACGAAACAAUCAGACAACGAGGCGAAUCCGAAUCCUAAUCCGAAUCCGAAUCCGAAUCCCAAUCCGGGAACCAUUUCGCUCCGAAUCUGGCCGCCGACUGAAAAAACACGCGACGCCGUCGUCAAACGCCUAACCGAAAACCUAUCAAAGGAAUCAAUCCUAUCCAAGAGAUUCGGAACACUCGAAUCAGAAGAAGCUUCAUCCGUCGCGAAAUCGAUCGAGGAAGAGGCUUACGCCGUCGCUUCCACCGCCGUGGUAGGUGAUGACGAUGGGAUCGAGAUCCUUAGAGUCUAUUCAAAAGAGAUUAGUCAACGUAUGCUUGAAUCGAUGAAAGCUAAGACCACCCCUGCACCAAAGGAUGAUGAUGGUGAUAAAGAAGAAACUGGGUUAGCUGGGGAAUUGGAUUCAGUGAAGCUUGAGGAAGAUGCUUGAGUUUGAUCUCUUUAACUAUCUUUUUAUUAUUGUCUCAGAGUUCUUGUAGUGAUGAUGAUGAUGAUGAUGAUGAUGAUGAUGAUGAUGAUGAUGAUGACUUGUUGGUAUUCGUAAUUUGGAUGAUUUUGCUUUCUUGAUUAAUUUGAUGGUUUUGGUUUCUUGAUUAUGGUUAA